UCGCCCGCUGACAGCGAGGCUUAGGGCGGAGGAAGCGGGUCGGUUGGUGGGUCGGGAACGAGGCUCCGGCGGCCAGGCCCCGCGCAGAGCCGUUGCCAUGGCAGCCGCCGCCGGGGGCGCGGACGACGAGCCGCGCUCCGGCCGCUCGAGCUCGGAUGGGGAGUGCGCCGUGGCCCCGGAGCCGCUGACGGGCCCCGAGGGCCUCUUCUCCUUCGCGGACUUCGGGUCUGCUUUGGGCGGCGGCGCGGGCCUCCCCGGCCGGGCGUCUGGCGGGGCCCAGUCCCCGCUGCGCUACCUGCACGUCCUGUGGCAGCAGGACGCGGAGCCCCGCGAUGAGCUGCGGUGUAAGAUCCCCGCCGGCCGGCUGAGACGCGCCGCCAGGCCCCACCGCCGGCUCGGGCCCACUGGCAAGGAGGUGCACGCUCUGAAGAGGCUGAGGGACUCGGCCAAUGCCAACGACGUGGAAACAGUGCAGCAGCUGCUGGAAGAUGGCACGGAUCCCUGUGCAGCUGAUGACAAGGGCCGCACAGCUCUGCACUUUGCCUCCUGCAAUGGCAAUGACCGGAUCGUGCAGCUGCUCCUGGACCACGGGGCUGAUCCCAACCAGCGAGAUGGGCUGGGGAAUACACCGCUGCACCUGGGCACACCUGGAGGCACAGUCCCAGCGACUGCAGCCAAGCUGGCACACGGGGCCAGGCCCUGGUGUUCCGGACUCUCAGGUCCCUGUUCUUCUUCCUCAGCGGCCUGCACCAACCAUGUCCCCGUCAUCACUACACUGCUGCGAGGAGGGGCCCGUGUGGAUGCUUUGGACCGAGCUGGCCGCACGCCCCUGCACCUGGCCAAGUCAAAGCUGAACAUCCUGCAGGAGGGCCACUCCCAGUGCCUGGAGGCUGUGCGGCUGGAGGUGAAGCAGAUCAUCCAGAUGCUGAGGGAGUACCUGGAGCGCCUGGGGCGGCACGAGCAGCGGGAACGGCUGGACGACCUCUGCACCCGCCUCCAGAUGACGAGCACCAGAGAGCAGGUGGAUGAGGUGACCGACCUCCUGGCCAGCUUCACGUCCCUCAGCUUGCAGAUGCAGAACACGGAGAAGAGGUAGCAAGAGAUGCUCCAGGCUUCCUGCCCUGCCGCCGCUGCCCUCCCCCUGCCCCCGCUGCUCUCUCAUCACAAAGGAAAAGCCCGAACCUGGGACUUUGGAGCCACACGUGUCUGGUGAGGCCUCGCCCCCAGAUGCUACAGGGCAGAGACGCACUCUCACAGAGGCUCCGUGACUUCGGCGCCGCUCCCAGCCACGGUCUCUGUCAUCUCUGUGGGCGGGGACCACAGCCCCCAGCUUCCCCCUCCGCUCCCACAGCACAGCAGCCACACCUCAGCUCCGGCCGACACGCGCUGUCCUAGCGGGCCUCACUCGUCUCGCGGCCUCCCUGCCCCCCGAGGCAGGCCCCAGAGCCUUCUCUGUGUCCCUUCCGGGCCGUGGGCUUGUCACAGCCAGCGGGGUGUGGGCUGAAGGCAGGCUCCCUCGGGGGCUUCUUGGCUGGCCCUGAACCCCUCACCAGCAGUUAGAUUUCGACUUGCCACCUGACUUUCAAGGAGACAUCUCAGGGAGUGUCUCCGGUUGGAAGGGAGGGUUGGUGAAGCCCAGCCCCUAGAGAUACAAGGCUUGGAAGGACCCUGCUGAACCCAAGGCAGAAAAGGCCCACCCUUUUUCUCCCAGCCUUUGAAAUACCAGCAGGGCGGAGUGGUCCCUUCUGCAGCCUACUUGUAGUGGGCUGAAUAGAGGUCCCCGCCCCCGCCCCAGAUGGCCGCGUUCUUAUCCCCAGGGACCUGUGAACAUGACUUUAUCGGGCAAAAGGGACUUUGCAGACAUAGUUAAAUUAACGGACUUUGGGCAAGGCGACGCUCCUGGAUUACCCAGGUGGGCUUGAUGCAAUCGCAGGGACCCGAGUGACAGGAAAGCAGGUCAGAGAGGAGGGAGGAGACACAGCGGGAAGGGGUCAGAGCUGAGGAACGCAGGCGCCCACGGAAGCCAGAAAAGGCAAGGAAAUGAGAUUCUCCCCUCAGAUCUCCCUGAGGGAACCAGCCCUACUGACACUUUGACCUUAGCCCAGUGAGUCUGAUUUGAGAACUCUGACCGCCAGAACUGUAAGAGAAUAAAUGUGUGUUGUUUUAAGCCA